AUGGAACCGGAACCAACCCUUGCCUCUCUCCUCAAGGCUAUCAACACUCUCACCAGCCAAGUUGGGUCCUUGCAGGCCCAAAUCCACUCUCAAGGCCAACAGCUCUCUGAGCUCAAAGCCCUAUGCAAGGAGACCAACAACCUUGUUGGCAACAAGGACCAGGGUGGAACCCAAGCCAAGCCUAGCCCAUUGACUGGGCCUGUCACCCCUCCAACCCACACAGGAGGGGAAACCCACACUCCAGGCACGGUUAGGCCUGGGCUUAAGGCCCCUUUUAGACCAUCAAGAGGAAUGGGAUUUGACUCAGAGGAGGAAGAGGAACCCAAACGCCCCAAAAAAGAACCUUGCAGCACGCCUAGGAGCCUCAGCUCCCUUACCCCCUUUGACACGGGGUCCAGCCUGAAGCGCCCCAAGAUGGAUCUCCCAGACCCUUACAAGGGAGAAGUCAGGGGUCAAAAAGCCACUCAAUGGCUGGAUAGGAUGAUGCUUUGGGUAGCCCUCCAUUGUGAUCAGUUUGACAAGGAGGAACAAAUGGUUGUGUGGAUCCUGUACCACAUGACUGACAAAGCUGCCAACUGGGCUCUCCCCAUCAUUGGGACAAUUAUCAAGGGCAAGGGAAAUCCCCCUACUACCAUCACGGCCUUAACGGCUAAAUUCAAGGAAGCAUUUGCAGACCCCAAUGCCAAGAGGGCGGCUGCCAGGAAGAUUGCUGCACUGACUCAGACCACAACUACGGCUGAGUACGUCACCAAAUUCCGCAAUCUUAUGGCGGAACUUGACUGGAACAAGGAGGCGUAUAUUGCCCAAUUCACGCGCGGCCUUCACUGGAAGGUAAAAGAACUCCUGUCCACCAAGGACAACAUCCCUGACAAUGACCUAGAGGCCAUAUUUGCCGCUUUGGUCAAAAUUGACAACACUCAUUGGGAGAACAAGGAAAACCGCCCAAAGAAGGUUCCUGCCAAGGCUCCAACCACCGCAACCACCUCCACUUCCACCACUACCACCAGGGUCCGCCUAUUGGAGGAUCCCAAUUACGUCACCCCAGAAGAAAGGGAUUGUCACCACACGUCUGGCCUUUGCGUCAAAUGCGGCCAAAAAGGACAUGGCAUCAAACAAUGCCCCAAUGGCUGGAAGGCCACAAUCAAGGAGGUAGCUAAGGUGGCUGAAGAUACCAAAUCGGGAAAAGAUUGA